AUGGGGAGGACACCUUGUUGUGAUAAGAAGGGUUUGAAGAAAGGGCCAUGGACACCUGAAGAAGAUGAGCUUCUUGUUACUUACAUCAAGAAGAAUGGACAUGGCAGCUGGCGCUCUCUCCCUAAGCUCGCAGGUCUUCUUCGCUGUGGAAAGAGUUGCAGGCUUAGAUGGACAAACUACCUCAGGCCUGAUAUAAAACGGGGUCCCUUUACUCUCGAGGAGGAGAAGCUUGUCAUUCAGCUUCAUGGCAUUCUUGGAAACAGGUGGGCGGCCAUUGCUUCUCAACUACCAGGGAGAACAGAUAACGAGAUCAAGAACUUGUGGAAUACACACCUGAAAAAGCGCCUUCUUUGCUUGGGACUUGAUCCCCAAACUCAUGAGCCCUUUUCAUCCCGUGGACCAGUGAAUAAAGGACCUGCAUCCCCAGCUACUCGCCAUAUGGCGCAGUGGGAGAGUGCUCGGCUGGAAGCCGAGAAACGCCUUUCAAGGGAGUCCUCACUCUUCCUUCCACCGAUGGUGGAAAAAAUUGAUUGUGAUCACUUUCUGCGCAUAUGGAACUCUGAAGUUGGAGAAUCCUUUCGAAGGAUCAAUAUGGGAGACAAUAAAACUGCAUGCCAAAGUCCUGUUUCUCAGGCAUCUUCAUCGACAAAAUGUGGAUCAAUUUCAGCUAUCACUGCAGAUAUUAUCCCCAACUUAUCACGGUCCCCCGCCACAGCAAGCAAUCAAAAUGAAGAUAUGGAGUGGAAAAGCCCCAAAUCCUAUGCAGAAGAUGUGCUGGCUGGGUCUGAUUCAAGUUCAGCUGAAUUGGAGGAUUUAACAGACUCCACAUUACAACUUCUGCUGGAUUUCCCCAUUAACAACGACAUGAGCUUCUUAGAUAAAAAUAUUGACAGCUAUGCCCCUUCAUCUGCGAUGUUGACUGGACCCUCCAUGAUAUGCCCUCUAUGAAGCAUGCACGAAAAUGUUGCUGUGUAUAAUGAAUCUUCUUUUGCCAGGAUGUUCAUAUGCUCUUUUUUGGCACUACAAUUCUGAAGCUAGUUUGAGAGCAAAGAAAGUUAAGAACCAAGCCAGCGGCAAUUGUGGGUAGUUUUUCAGCCUACAGUUACAGUUACAGAUGGUGAUGUUAGAAUUUCCUUUCCUAGUUUUAUUUACUCGGUACCUUGCUGAUUAUAUAUCGAAGAUACAUAUAUACUUUGCGACCUAAACUUCCAGGUUUAGUUUCGCAACUAUGCUAUAUAUGCGAUGCUAAAAUCAUAUUUUGCCA